UAUCAAUAGCCUCAUUUCAAACCUUUAAGAAACAAAUGGAAAAUUGCGAGGGAACUAGCAAGACAGAGGAAACAACACAAAAGAGCAGUUCACAUUAUAAAUUCUGUAGAAUAGAUCACAUUUUCACCCCAGACUACGUCAUUUCAAAAGUGCGCUCAAAAUGGCGGCUUGCUGGAAUGUCAUAAAUACAGAAUGGGACACAGACCAGGAAACUGUAAAUUUUGGCACAAGACAAUGUGUUGUGGUAGAUUCUACUCUCUUUGAUAUUGUUACUUUGGCUACUGUGGAAUGCAGCAAUCCUGGAUUAAAAUCAGAACCAAGGGUCCAAGGGAACAUGUGGGAACAAUAUACAGUGAUAGCAGUUGAUAGCUAUUGUCACAUUUUGACAGACAAUUGCCAGACCGUGCUGAAAAGUUUUUUGUUAGAUUCACAUCCAAGUUGCUUGGCUUGGUCUCUGGAUGGAAAUUUUUUGUUUAUAGUAACAGAAGGUGGUCACAUGAGUGUAAUCUACAUUCCAGACAGCUUGCUACUGGUGACUAUGCCAUUGCCAAAUUUCUCGCUACCUAACCAGGCAGUUUACAUUACGAUUAGAAAAGAUGAGGUCCUUCUCCUCAGUAGCAAUGGUUUAUUGUUGAGAUUGAGCAACCUUAACCUUGCAGAACUGACAUCUGCCUUAAUGAAAAAAAAUGGACAAAAGGCUCAAGAAAUACAGAGUAAAAUGAAACGAGACAUUGUGGAAUGUUUACUAAAAACAAAGAUAACGGCGUCUACAGUUAUCGAAGAUUUACAUGGUGAUGCGGCCUUGGUGAUCGGGACAGUUCAAGGAAUUUUUCUAUGGGAUUUUACAAAAAAUCUGAUUAUUGCUGGUGCACCUUUAAGUUGUUUGUUACGGCAAAUCGAAUCCACCGGUUGCAAUAAGUUCCUAAUCGCUUUGAAUGAUGAAGGGAAAAUUAUUUGCUACGACAUAGAUUUCCUCUUGCCUGUUUACUUCGUGGAAUCCAACGGGCAAUUAGUGUUGUUUGAACUUGACAAAACGGCGAAACGCAUUUUGUCAACUGACUUUGCUGACACCGGCAACCCGUCGAUUGUCAUGAGAUCUUUCAUGGGAUCUGAAGUUGAAUAUAGGGUUCUUGUAAGCGACUUCUGUUAUUUGAUGCCGUCUUCCACCAAACAAGGCGACAUUAUGUUUAUUGAGGGUGCCCGUGAUGGAGACGGCAACGUGAAGACCUUGCGAAUAAGAAAAAUGGCAGAAGGACGGCCAAUAGAGAGAUUAAGGCGUUUCAUUGCACGAGGGAAUUUUGAGGAAGGCCUUCGAUUUGCGCAAAACUUUAACUUGGACAUUCAACAAGUAUACACCGCAAAAGCGACUCAGCUGUCACAUGAAUUAUCCAUUUGGGCAAAUACAAAGCCUGAAGUAAUACCCAGCAAACACCUGGACUUAAUCGAUACCUUAGAUUGCAUUACGGAGCUUAGGUUCGUGGUUGAAUGCUGCCUGAAAUGUGCCCCGACGUCUGUCGAUUACAUCCGUAAUUUUCUCAAUUACGCCAGAAAACGCAUAAGUCUCAGUAAAAAUAAGGAUGAAGAAAAUGAACGUCUACUUUACAUUAUGGACGUUUGUAACGUUCAAGAGAAACUGGACACAUUUGACCUCAUUUACGGACCAAAUUUGAUCCAAUACUGGUAUACGAUUGACAUGAAGGAUAUGUUUAAUACCCUCUUAGAGAUCUUAAAUAUGGAGGAAAUGACAAGUGCCUUGAUCCUCUGGCAAAGACACAGUGUAGAAAUUGUUACCGAUCCAUCCUUCGCAGAAGAAGAAGCGCUUCAACUUCUUGGUAGCAUCCCUUCAAAUUUGAAGUCAACAACUCUCUUACCUUGGCUUCAGCAUGUUCUGCCAAGCCUAGUUCAAUUCGACAGCGAUAGAAUUCCGCUUGUGAUUGACUGGAUUGUCAGAAAGGCUGCUUCUCUGGAAAUUGCCGAAAGAGAAGAAUGGCCGCAAAAUGCACUGAAAUUCGCGGAUACUCUACUGAGUUCCCUGAAAAAGGUGACCAAGUCCUCUGAUGGCCUUAUGACCCCCUUGUUUGAUUGCAUCCAGGAUCUUGAUGAGAUUGUCGUACUGUAUGAGAAGUACAAAAUUCCCAUAACCUUCAGCAAAUUCACGCAGGAGAACAGAUUGGCUACCGUCAUUCUUCUAUUGAAUUGGUUACCAACAGCUGCGGAUGUGGGACCUUUCUUGGAUGCGUUUCUAUUACCUUUUAUGCGCCGACGAGCUCUGGAUAUUGAUGAGAGUAUUUUUCACUACAUAUUGAAUCUACUUCAUAAUUCUGUGAGCUGGUGGCAUAACGGGCAAGCCCAAUGGGAGCAAAUAGUUUCAACAUUAAUCACUUAUAUCAGGAGCAUUGAGGUACAAGCCAGAUCAAUCCUUGCUGCACUUUGUCAAGCUCCGGUACCUUGGAGUCCAACCAUUACUGAACUCGCCGAGAAAGGAAAAAAACUUGAGCAUUCGCUAGCUGAGAAGAUAAAAGAAGAACACUCAAUUGUCCCUCUUAAAACCGUUCUGCGCCACUACAACAUUCACGUCUUUGACUUAAAUGAUAUGCAUCUAAUGGACUGCAUCAUCCGAAACAUUUUGAAGCAACAAACAACCGAGUGCCUCGAAGAUGCACUCACAGUGGCAUAUGCUUCAAAUGCAAUAUCCGAAAAUGAUGUUCGCACCACCUACCUUACAAGCCUUAUGUGUAGUGACAAGCGUGAUUUGAUUGUUGAAACACUAGGGAAAAUGUCAAGUAGGGAACGGGCUUCGUGUUGCCGCAAACUCAUCUUUUUCAUCGAAGGCACCGUUAAUUCAUACAUCAAUAAGCCUAAACCAAUGACCCAGAAGCAAGCUGAUACUUGCAUGAGCUGCCUGAAUGAAAUCUGGGAGAACUUUAAGUCAGGAAGCGGCUACCCAAGUGAUGGUUGCUUGCAUGGUCGCAUCAUGGAUUUAAAGAAUGUUUAUCGUUUGAUGUCGCACGGUGUGUCAAUACCUUUGAAUAGCUAUUGCUAUGUGAAGCAGCGACAAGACGCACUGCGUAAUUUCUGCAAAAUCCUCCUUGGGAAGGAGGUGAUGGAUUAUACGGAGCUGAAUAGAGUGGCCCAUCUUUUGUCUCUAUCCGAGUCAUUCGCUCUCCAAGAACAAAUUCUAUCAGCACGUUCCAUCGGGAAAGAUGAAGUGAUGAUCACAUGUUGUCACCGGCUGCUGGUUUGCGCCGAAGAUGCUACUACUGCAGAGGCCUGCUACAUAGCAGCCCAGUGUUUGAACCAAAGUAGUGCUUACGAUAUGAUAGAGCUGCAGAGUCAAUUGGCUGCUAAAGCGGCAACGUACUGCACUAACGAUUCUUUAAUGGAUUCUAGCGAACUGUGCUGUUUGGUCAAUUUGAGACAUCUGAUUCAAAAGCGUUCUUCAGCAGUUGGCACACCUGACGUUUACAGCAGUAUCUCGUCAUUGGGGGUUUAUCAAGAUUUCACCACACCUAUUCUCAACCGCGAUAUUAUGAAAUUCCUUUCCACAGCCCAAGCUCGCGUGUUGCCAUGCCUGGAGCCUAGCAAAGGAAGCAACACUAUUGUGGGCUUGUCAGCUCAAAUACCAAUUUCUGAAGCCGCCGAAAUUUUACGGGAGUUCGCCAAAGAAUGCCUCGGAGUUAUCCAGGUGUUGCGCGGAUGCCGGCAGCUGAUGCCUGCUCUGUAUUUGGCAUACGCCUCAGAUUCUUUGGUUCAUCUGAUGUUUAUCCAUUUGCGCAAUCUGGAUUUGGUGACAGUCUAUAAUAAGACGAUCUCCAAGCAUUUCGACGAAUUGUCUUCGCAGCUUCUAGUUCGUGUAAUGACUGCUAAUCGACCUGAUGUCCCAGAUAUGGCACUUGCUACCUCUUGCCUUCUGAUUCUGGGACCCACAGAGGGUUUUAAAUAUCUCGUGGAUCUAGUGAAACGUUCUACAUCCGAUCGCCGAAGAGUUUUUUAUAUUGGUUUUCUUGGCCGCCUACUCUUCAAGCUUGCUGCAACCGGUGGUGAGGAAGAAGGGUUCUUCGAUUCGGUAAUUCUACGAUGCCACUGGAGCAUGAAACUUGCGCCUUUCGGAAUUCAUGUCCAGAUCCCGCCAAUCGAUGAAAUGGUUCCAAUCAUGGACACUCUGGUUACUCUGGAGGAUGUACCAUUAGAACUGUUAAGCUCAUUUUGCUCAGAUUUUCCUUUAGAUCUAAACACUGCCUUGAUUUCAAGAGUACAAUAUCUGAUCGUGUCCACGGAUGCGGCUAAUAUAGCAGGAAGAAUACCCAAAAUCCGUGACGUUUUGUAUCGACUCCCACCGGUUGAUGUUCAGAAAUUGGUUCAUAGUGUUCGCAACAAAGUUAGCCCGUAUAACUAUGAACUGCUAACGUGCUUAUGUGGAAUCUUGUAUGAACUGAAUCCUGACGCGAUGGAUAUCCGAACCAUGUUAGAACUAUUGGAAUUCUUGGCCUGCUAUGAAAGAUUCGUCCCACCAGGAAUUAUGGAACAUCAGAAUGCGUUUUACCGACUCCCUGGUUCGGAAGAGUGGCCUCAAAAACGUUUGCCUAUGUACUACCAGAUUGAUGCAAGUUUAGCCAAAAAUAUCUAUUACGAAGAGUUCCACGUUUCAAAUUGGACUAUUUGGUACAACUCGCCUUCCCUUCUACCUAUCAACCGCGAUGAAAUUUGUAUGAUGGCCGUCAACAAUACCGUUAAACGCUACAACAAGGAUUGCCUCGAUCAAGCCCAGAUCGAGUCUCUGUUCAGCAAGAUCAAGCAGUGCCUGGAUAGCAUUAGUACAGUCUCCCGGGCUGCAGCCUGCGCUGCUGAUAUUACGCAAAGGCUGACUACCAGUCCCGAAAACUUUUACGCCUCUGAUUUACAUAUGCAACAAUGCGAAAAAUGGAAAAAUGAGAGCGACCCUGCUGGAAUCGCGGCCUACAAUAAAAGUGUAAAAGUUCAUCAGAGAGUGCAAACCGAAGAAAGCCUGGCGUACUUUAAGUUAUGGAACAAACGAUACGAAACCUUACUUCCGUAUCCUGAACGCCUUAUUCGAUCUUUGUUUGAGGACUGUGUAACCAGUGGACGUUUUCAGGAUACCAAUGCAGCAGCAGAAAACAUUUGCCAAAUAUUCAACCUAAAUCUGGUGGUACUUAAACAUGCAAUGAUACAAGAGUGGUUACCCAUGAUUGAACAGUAUCAACAAGAAGAAUUCUAUCAACCCUACGGAAAGGAAUCAAAUGGGGCCCCGUCGGAUUUAAGCAUCGAGUUGCAGAAUAAGCAGAAUCUGGACCGCGUUAUCUGCUUGUUGAGCGGUUCCGAUUGUGUUUCAUGGAUCGCAUAUUUACGCGAAAAAGCUUUAAAUGAUGAAGAGCGUCCUUCAACUCGCGUCAGGGCUUUGACGGCGUUACAAGCUGCUUUGACGGAAGAACAAAUGGUGGAGCAUAUGGAGCUGCAUUCUUACACUCUAAAUUUGCGUAUCAAAGUACUGAAUUUCCUAAGUCGCCUCGAAGUUUUGGGAUUGGUUUACAAAGAAGAAGAAUUUGAAUUAACGGAUAAAGCAGACCUAAUACGUGCUUUGCUGCAGAGUGGAGCUAGCACCCAACGCUGUAUUGCUUUGGCCAUCGAUCUGGCGACAUGCAACAUUAUUCAAGAUGCUGAUAUUUGGACUAAUAUUUUGGAAAAAGUUGUCAAGUUUAAUAUGCUCGAAACGGCACACUCCCUUAUUAAAGAUAUUUCAGAAAUUCGAUUAUUAUGGGUGAAUCCAGUUAUGGCACCUGUAUGGAACUUGAUCCUCCAAUCGCCAUUCAAACAAAAUAACAGUAAUAUCAGCUCUUGCGUUUCCGCUCUUGAAAUGCUUUGGAGUUGCCCUAUUCUUGAAGACAUAGAUUUGGAUUCACUCGAAAAAUGUGUCCUUAGCCAUGAUUACCCCUAUUUGGUCGCCUUGCUGUUGCCAUUCACCAGAAAUACGAAACGUUCUAAUCUAAUUCAGAGGCUACAAGGUUUUGGAUCACUACAAGUUCUAGAGAAGAAAUUGGGAGAAAAAUGUGAAACGUUUCCUUACCUAAACCUGAUUACAUCUUUACUUUCACGCGCCUGAUAUUCUGUAGCCAGAUUGUCUUUGGUCUUUCAUUAUUAACUGUAUUCCAAAAAUGAUAAAAACAUUAAGUAUUAUUAAAAAAAUAAAAAAAAGCUUCAUUUGU